GGGCGGCUGUGGAGAAGGGCCAGGUGUCCGCCAUGCCGCAGUACCAGACUUGGGAGGAGUUCAGCCGCGCCGCCGAGAAGCUCUACCUCGCCGACCCCAUGAAGGCACGUGUGGUUCUGAAGUAUAGGCAUGCUGAUGGCAAUCUUUGUAUCAAAGUAACAGAUGAUUUAGUUUGUCUGCUGUAUAGAACAGACCAGGCCCAAGAUGUAAAGAAGAUUGAGAAAUUCCACAGUCAACUAAUGCGACUUAUGGUAGCCAAGGAGUCCCGCAGUGCUACCAUGGAAACGGACUGAAUUGAAAUGAAAGCUCUGCAGGUCAUGUUUCUUGAGAAGAAAAUAUCACUUGAAUAAACAAUAUGUUGGGACAGAAAAAUAGUUGAAGAAGGUUGUUGAAAAGUGGAGAGCGGUUGUUUUUUUUUUAACUUUCAGACUCUGCCAUAGAAAGCUAUAAAACUUUAUGCUUUCAGUUGAAAGCCUCUAUUUAUUUUUGAAAUUUGAGCAGGAAAUGCAUCCUCCAUGGGCAGGUUGAUGUGGGACAAAACUUUGGAACUAUUUUUUGUUGUAAGCUUGUAGUCUACUAACUUGGAAGGAUGAUGAACCAGAAUUAUUCCUUUGAGAAAUUUCAGCCAUCCUUUCAUAUGACUAGAUGUGCUUAUUCCAUUUUGAUCAAAUGUGUUUCUCUUUAAAUAUAAACUUGCUGUAUAACACAAUAUAUGAUUCUAUGAAAUAUUAAAAAAAAGUAACUAGAUGUAAGUAUUCCCAGUAAUGUGCUGCAGUCUCAAAUAUUCUAAAAACUGUAAGGGGGUUUAUGUAAAAAUUCUUUACCCUAACCUUUCCAUACACACAAAUACAUAGACUAUUGUAUUUUAACCUUAAAAUAUCAAUACCUAGAGUGUUACAGGCUCACAGAGUUAAUAAUUAGGAUAGUCAUCCUUUGAAUCCAGGAUAAAGUCUCAAAUGUACACGAUGUCCUCUUGAAAAUGGGCCGAAACUCUCCUAUUUGUAAUGCCUACAAGAAGCAUUGAAGAACUGAGGAGUUUGAGUUGAAAUGAAACUUCUGUUACUGCAUUUUUUCCUUUGCUAAUCUUUAUGUGCCAAGAUUUUAAAAUCAUUGUUAAUUGUGGUAUGUAGUUGAAUUAGAAAUAGGAAAAUACCAUCUGAUUUUUUUUGUAACAUCAAAUAAAAUUAAUUUAUCUUAAGAGAAAUUGGUCCAAGUAAAAAAUGUGUUUUGGUUUUGAAAUUGCCCAUUUAAAUUAUUCUUGUUCAAAAUGCUGUAGUAUUUAUUAGCCCUAUGAGUUUGGCAUGCUUUAAAGAGAUAAGCCAAUAAAAAUACUCAAUACGUGACAUUCUAA